AUGGCAGGAAUUGAUGCCGUCUUAACUGGUAGCAACUGCACGCCAUCUCAGCUGAAACUUUUGCGGCUCAUAGUUCAACAAAAGAGUCAAAUAUUAUCACGCAGUGAUUUUGUUCCAUCAUUUUUAACAUCUGUACUCGGUCCUCCUGGCAAUAGUUCUGUAUUGCUGCAAUAUAUCGAUAAAAGGUUUGAUGAGCAAACAAAGAAAGCUAUUCUUGCUUUCAUUUUGGAAUCUGCAUUGAAUCUGCCUGCUUAUGGCAAGUUUUUUUUCCUAUCAACAUUACUUAAAGGAAUGGGCAGCUCUAUCAUGUACGUCAAUGGUGUCAGGUUGUUCCUUUUUGAACUCCUGGAAAGACACAGUCAAUGUCAGCUACAUUCUAACAACUCUGUUCAAGCACUAUCGGCAAUUGAAACUAGUACUCUUUGCUUUCUGCUAGAGUGUGCUUCAAAAAGUCACUGGCUUGCUGGAAAUAUUUGGUCGGAACAUCUUUUGAAGGCCUUGAGAGUGAAUUAUGAGCCUCCAGAAGACCCUGCUAUCAUAAACCCUUGUCUCACCAUACUGCAAAAUCUAAAUAGCUCUAUGUAUGAUGAGCUCAAUACUGAGAUACAGGAUCAAGUUUUUCAGAACCUCGUUCGUUUAUCUGGGAAUGCUUGUGCUGACAUAAAGAACGCAGCUAAACUGGCUCUUGGUCAUAUUCAUGUUACUGCCUCAUCUGUUGGCAGGCUGCUUGAUUUUAUUCUAGCACAAGAAGUCCACAUAACGCAGUCUUCUACUGGAAGAAAGAGACUGCAACAUGCGGGUGAUGACCUGCAGCAUGAUAUCUUUUACAAAGAAGGAAUCUUGGAUUCUUUUCUUAGUUCCUUACUUGAUGUUUUGCUAUUGAAGAAAGAAGUGGAAAACAGGGUUUCUUUGAUAGAACCCCUACUUGGGCUUCUCAAAAAGAUUUUAUCAGAUACAUGGGUUCUCAAUCAAGAUAUCUCUCCAACUGUUAGCAACACGAAGAGAUAUAUUCGACAUGCUCUGAUAUCAGUGCUCCAGGACAUUAUUACAUCAUCAGAGAAGAUAGACAUCAUACAUAAUGGUUUCAAGAUAUUAGACGGAUGUUUCUUAGCUCUUGAUUUCCGUGGGGACAUUGAGGAUCAUGUUAUCGAAACAAUGCUCGUGCUGUUUAAGAGUCUUACUGAUCGGACAGAUAACAAGACAAUGAUUACCCACGGAUCGACUGAGCCUCUUUUCCGUCAUAGCCUUGUCUUGGUGGGAAAUUCGUUAGACAGAAGUAUUUCAUUUUACAAAUUGAUCAACAAACUGCUUGAUCACUACAAGUAUUCAUUUGUCCCUUACGUCAAGCUCUUGGUCAAGGGUUGUGUUAUCGGUCUCACUUCUUCAAUAAAUAAUAGAGAAAUUUCAGUAAGAGAAUGGCAAUUACGAGAAUUAAUAAUUUCAUCCUUGCGCAAAAUGUUCUUGUACGACUCAGGGGACUUGAAGCUUCUAGAUGCUUCUCAUUUUCAUCUUCUGUUAAAACCUCUUGUUAGACAGCUAGCAAUUGAACCACCAUCUUCUCUUGAAGAGUUUCCAGAUAUGCCAUGUGUUGAGAGAGUGGACGAUUCAUUAGUUGCUUGUCUUCGUCAGAUGGCUAUCUCCUUGGGUUCUGAGCAAUUCAUUAGUUUCAUGUUAUUACAUAUACAUUUAUAAAUUUAUACUAGUUUCUUAUUCCCGUUACUCAGUUGAUUGGCACUUGUUAUUAUGGUGUCUAUUGUAGGUACUUGAUCAACCAAGAAGUGGUAGACGAGCGAAUAGUGUAGCACGUAGAGUUCUGAGCGAUCAGUAAAGAGUCAAUUCAUUGACUCUGACUAAAAGUAUCUGUUAUAAAUACUUCAAACAUAGUCAUAGUCUUGUACCAGUAUUGAAAUUGGAAAUGAUAAUGGUUAUUCCAGGAUAAUGCACUUAGUUUGGGAAGGAUGCUACAGAAUGGAAGCAAAGGGAAAACUCAGGUUUCUGGCUUUGUAUGCAGAGAUAUUAUUGGUGUUUUGAAGGAUGUUGGUUGUGUGGUGGGAAACCAAUUUUCAGCCAAUGUCCAUGGGAAGAGAGGAAGUUGGAUUAUUUCAGAGAUGCCGCAGAUUUCAUAGCCACUAUUGAAGUGACUGGUAGGGCUUGUAUUAGAUUCCUUGGUUGGGUUUUGAGGUUUCAGUUUUUUUUCAGGAUUGUUGAGGAAGAAUUUUCUAGUAACCAAUAAUGGAAUUUCAUGAUCAAGGGAUAAAAUUACCCCAUAGAUAUGUGAAUCGAGAAAGCUAUUAAGAUGGUGCUGAUCAGCCAAUGGUAGCACGUACACUCAAAUGUACCCUGACUAGGAGUUGACUACCCAGGGUGGAAAGAUGGAAAAUAAAAAUUCCUGCUCUACUUCCCAUAGAUGGUGCCAUAGCAAUAGUCUGCAAUUUAUGUUCCGACAGUCCCUUGAUUCUUUAUUAUUUAUUUUAUUUUGGGUCACGUGACUUAUGAAACAAUCCUGUUAAAAGGGGCGGCAAGGGUGAUAGCA